AUGUACACCGCCGUCCUGCUCGCCCUCGCCGCUGUGCUCGCGCUCGCGCACAGCGCCCUCGCCUCGCCAGCCAUCUAUCGCCCCUUCGCCCUCUCGUCCGCGCUCAACUGCCGCAAGGGCCCCGAAAGCGGCGCUACCUGGGUCAAGAGGUACAGCGCCGGCGAGAUGGUCUUCGUCGCGUGCCAGGUCCGCGGGGAAUGGGUGCGCGGUAACAACAUCUGGGACCUCACGCAGGACGGGUGCUUCGUGUCGGACCGCUACGUCGUCACGGGCAUGGGCAACAACUUUAUCACGGACAUUGACGAGUGCUUGCCUGGUGAGGGAAACAGAGACGUGUGUAUCCCGUAUCCUUGCAAGAAGAAGUCGUUGUAG